AUGGCGCUGGACCCAUCCAGCAGCUAUGUUGCUCCCAGCAACUUGAGUGAACCCGCAGAUGCCUCGCUCUCCAUGUUCGAUGUCCGACGUGUUCAGCUCCAGUUCUCGUUGGCUGCGGACUUUGUCGCUGCGCAAGUUGCUAACAAUGUGCUCAUUCUUGCUUUAUCGACGAAUCGCAUACUGCGCAUUGAUUUGGAUACCCCGGAGGAUAUCGACGAUAUCGACCUACCGAAGAAAUCGUCGGAGAUUGGAGUGAUUCGCCGGAUGUUUCUGGACCCCUCUGCAUCGCACCUGAUCAUAACCACUACCCUUGGCGAGGCCUACUAUCUUCAUACUCAGUCACGGCAACCCAAGCCGCUAUCGCGGUUGAAGAACGUCUCCAUCGAGAGCGUUGCGUGGAACCCUUCGUUACCCACAGCUUCGACAAGAGAGAUCCUAUUAGGUACCACAGACGGUCAGGUUUGGGAGACCUUCAUCGAACCGUCUACGGAAUUCUAUCGACGCGAGGAGAAGUAUGCCAAUCCAGUCUAUAGAGUAGCCGAAGGGACACCGGUGACCGGGAUAUGGACAGAGUUGCUUCCUACCAAACCUGAACAAAGACGGGUACUAGUCGCAACACAUAGCAAGAUUUUGUACUUUCUAGGGAAGACCGUGAGACACGGAAGCCAGGGGGUAUACAACGAACUUUUCCAACGGGAGACGCCGUCGGUACACGAAAUCGAAAAAUCAUCCAGCGCUGCCCCGUCGACAUUGGUGAUCUCUUCUCCGACGGGGGAUGGGCACAACGCAGAUGGUUAUUCCGAGAAGGAAUUCGCCUGGCUUAGUUCCCAAGGUAUAUACCAUGGCCAGUUGCCAUAUGGUCCAGAAAUAGUUAGCGACCCCUUCGAAAGCUCAACGAUGCUUUCACGUUCGAUAUUCCCGGCCACGGAGUCCGCGCGAGGGGGAAAGAAGCUCAUCCAAGAUCCUAUCACGGCGAUGACACUUUCGCAAUGGCAUAUUCUAGCCCUCGUCGAAGGAAAAGUCGUCGCGGUGAACCGGAUGAGUGAUGAAAUUGUCUAUGAGCAAGCAGUGCUGGAGCCGGGGCAGAGCACUCUUGGCCUGCUGACAGACUCGAUGCAGCGCACCUAUUGGCUCUUCACCAGUCAAGAAAUCUUUGAAAUCGUGGCUGAAGACGAGGACAGGGAUAUCUGGAAGGUGUAUUUGCAAAAGCAAAUGUUUGAUCAGGCCCUAGUGUACGCCCAUGGAAACGCUCAAAAAGAUGCCGUUGCUACCGCUUCUGGUGACUUUCUGGCUGGCAAAGGUCGCUAUCUGGAAGCAGCCAAAGUCUGGGGCAAGAGCAGCAAAGGAUUUGAGGAGGUCUGUCUAACCCUCAUCAAUCGUGGCGAGCAUGAUGCGCUGCGUAAGUAUCUCCUGGCUCAAUUAGCCACAUACAAAAGAUCUUCGUCUAUGCAGAGGAUUAUGGUUGCGAGUUGGCUGGUUGAGGUCUUUAUGUCGAAACUGAACGCUCUCGAUGAUAAUAUCGCUACCAAGGCCGAACUGGCAGAGGGCGUGAGCACCGAGAAUAUCCAAGAUGAGUUGAGUGAUGUCCGGGCAGAGUUCCAAGAAUUCGUAACCAAGUACAAGACGGAUCUGGAUAAAAAGACUGCCUACGAUAUCAUUAGCAGUCAUGGUCGAGAAAAGGAGCUGCUCUUCUUCGCCACGGCCACCAAUGACUAUAACUACGUUCUGUCCUAUUGGAUUCAUCGAGAGAAGUGGUCGGAAGCACUUAAUGUGCUACAGAAGCAAUCCGACCCCGAUGUCUUCUACAAAUAUAGCAGCGUUCUGAUGACGCACGCUGCCACUGGAUUAGUGGAUAUUUUGAUGCGACAGACAAACCUGGAGCCCGAAAGACUCAUCCCUGCGCUGUUAAACUACAACAAAACCACCAAUGUCUCCCUCGGCCAAAACCAGGCUGUGCGAUACCUCAACUUCAUCGUUGUUAACCAUCCCAAGCCCUCUGCUGCCGUGCACAAUACGCUGAUAUCGAUUCACGCCUCGAGCCCGUCCAGUUCAGAAGCGGGGCUUCUCACCUACCUUCAGUCCCAACCAUCCUCUCCUCCACCGUACGACGCCGAUUUCGCGCUCCGGUUAUGCAUCCAACACCAACGUGUCCAGUCAUGCAUCCACAUCUACAGCGCGAUGGGGCAGUAUCUUCAAGCGGUCGAGCUGGCUCUGCAGCACGAAGAUAUCGAGUUGGCCGCAAUCGUCGCCGACAGGCCGGAGGGCAAUGACAAGCUACGCAAGAAGCUGUGGCUGCUCGUCGCCGAGAAAAAGAUCCGCCAACCAGGCACCGGCAUCAAAGACGCCAUCGAGUUCCUGCGUCGCUGCGAGCUUCUCCGCAUCGAGGACCUGAUCCCCUUCUUCCCGGACUUCGUCGUCAUCGACGACUUCAAGGACGAGAUCUGCAGUGCGCUGGAAGAUUACUCGCGCCACAUCGACGCGCUGCGCCAAGAGAUGGACAACUCGGCGCAGACUGCCCGGCAGAUCCGCGCGGAGAUUGCGGCGCUGGACUCGCGGUACGCUAUCGUGGAGCCCGGGGAGAAGUGCUGGCUCUGCUCGCUGCCGCUGCUGAGUCGCCAGUUCUUCGUCUUCCCGUGCCAGCACGCUUUCCACAGCGACUGUCUCGGGAAGGAAGUGCUGGAGGGCGCGGGGGGCAAGAGAAAGUAUAUUCGCGAUUUACAAGCGCAGUUGAAUAAGGGAGACAUCUCCUCCUCUCGGAGGGAGGAGAUAGUGAAGGAAUUAGACGGGCUGGUUGCAGAGGCAUGUAUCCUCUGCGGCGACCAUGCCAUCAAACAGAUCGACAAGCCCUUCAUCACUGCGUCCGAAGCCGAUGAAUGGGCGUUGUGA